UUCAAAAUCGUAAAGAAAGCUAAAAAAAGAGGAACGUUUGGUUGUCUCUUGAAAGGAAUGACUGAAGGUGACAUUCUGAGCUUGAGUUCAGCUGCAUACGUAUCACUUCAGUUCCUUGUUGUACGAGUGGAUAGGCGUUUGAAGAAUUUCUCUGGCGCUACUGACUAAGUAACCGGUGGAGGAGAAAACUUUGAGUCGAAACAAAUUUUGGCACAUCCCAGUGUGGCAGAGGCGGUACUGUUUGUGAUAGCAUUGUGGCAAAAGAGUAUCCUCAUCAUGUGGAGGACUCUUUCUGCCGUGCGUAGCGCUGGCCUUGGAUGCAGCAGGGCCUGCUUGACAAGAAGUUUUAGCACGACGCAUGCAUGGCGAACUCAUUAUGAAACACUGGGUUUGGAGAAGACCGCGACGCCCAAGGAAAUCAAGGCUGCGUAUUUCGAUCUGUCGAAAAAGCAUCAUCCUGAUCUCAAUCCGGAUGAUCCCAACUCUCAGGAGCUGUUCGUGAAGAUAACAGAGGCGUACUCGGUGCUCGGUAACAAGGACCUGAAAGAAACGUACGACCAAAGCAUUGCACCGCGUCCCACUCAGGAGAUGGUGUAUCGCAAGCACUGGCAGGAGCCUGGCAAGCGGCCUAUUAACAAUGAGUGGGAGAUCUACGAGCGUGUUCAGAAAAGGAAGAAGGUGGACCAGAGAGAGAAGUACAUUGUGGCUGGUUUAAUCCUGGCAACUACACUCACAAUCAGUGGCAUUAUGGUCUAUGUGAAGAUGGGCUUGUUGAGUGGGAAGUGGAAGAAGGAUCAGAAUAAAAUGGCAAUGGAUGAGUUCCACAAGAAUCAGCAGAAAUAUUUCUUGGCCCGUGCGAGUGGCGGCAGCGGCAUUCCCAGGAGUAAAGUUGACAAAUAGCGGCACAGUGUCACAGUGUCCGUGGCAUGUCAGGUACCACUUGCCUGAAGUUUGCUGAGCAACUCUACGUGCUGCAGGAAAGCCCCUCGCCGAGCAAAUGCAAGUAAUACUUUGCUCCAUGAGAUCAGACAGUUGCACCCACCAGCAGCAGCAGCAGUGGUGUUGGGACUGGGGCCAUCAGACUGAGCUUUGAUUCCGAGCGAGGGUCGUGCUUUCGUGUCUAUAGAAUACGUGAGACCGUUCUGUUACCUUCGUUGGUACCCUUUCUCACGACAGAAGGCAGCAGCCAGUUUUUAAUUUGGGUACUGUCCCACUGGGUGGAUGCUUUCUUGACUUCGGCAUACACGCGCCAGUUGUCUGCGCCGAGUGCAUCGACCACCACGCACCACCGCUAGUGCGUGUGCACAUGUACUGGUUGUAGCCGGUGCAGUGCAUGCAACCAUGCACUGUCUUGUGCAUGGUCAUCUCAUGACGGCAGUGUAGUGCAGUGUAGUGUAGUGUAGUGUAGUGUAGUGCUCUUGACCAGUGCCCACACUGGCUACACUCCGUCCGUUUAUAUCCGUGUUGUUGUUUCCUUCGACGUAUUUAUUUCAUUUUUAUCUUUCCCGCACUAGAAUGCUACUGUGGUAUAUUUUGCUAGGAUAUGGUUGUCAUAGUGAUGUUAGAGUUUUGAGGAUAUUAAUGAGCAGCUGA